UCAUUACGUUCAACGCGCAGACAGAACCAAUCGAUCUCACACAGCAGCGGAAACCCGAGCAGCAAGCCUUCCUCACGGUGAACUUACAGCAGGUCCCACCCGGUCCACCCGGUCCAACCGGAGCUUCUAGCCAUGGUCUUCGAGUCUCUGGUCAGCGACCUGCUCAACAGGUUCAUCGGAGACUACGUGGAGAACCUGGACAAGUCCCAGCUCAAGAUCGGGAUCUGGGGGGGAAAUGUAGUUCUGGAGAAUCUGAAGGUGAAGGAGAACGCGCUGAGCGACUUCGAUGUCCCCUUUAAAGUGAAGGCGGGACAGAUCGGGAAACUGACGCUGAAGAUCCCCUGGAAGAACCUGUACAACGACGCCGUGGUCGCCACGCUGGAGGGGCUGCACCUGCUGGUCGUCCCCGGAGCCACGAUGAAGUACGAUGCAGCGAAGGAGGAGCGCUACCAGCAGGAGGCCAAGCAGAGGGAGCUGCAGCGCAUCGAGGAGGCGCUGCAGACGGCCGCACGCAGAGCGUCUCAGUCUGGAGAUCUGCUGUUCAGCCUGGAGAGGGUUGUUUACAAGGAGGCUCCCAACGUCUCCAAAGGAAGUAAAAAACACAAAAAGCCUAAAAAAGGCUUGAAGAAGCUGAAACGCCAUGACAACAAAGCAGAGAAGCCAGCGGAGGAGAAGAAGGACACGUUUGUGGAGAAAUUGGCGACUCAGGUGAUCAAGAACCUGCAGGUGAAGAUCAGCAGCAUCCACCUGCGCUACGAGGACGACAUUUUAGACCCACAGCGCCCCCUAUCUAUAGGAGUCACACUGUCAGAGCUCAGUCUGCAGACCUGA